UCCUACAGAGACAUCUUUGUGAAUUUGCCAAAGACAAAUGCCAUCACAUUUAUUGCAUCCAUUGUCUGUAUGGUUAUCCUGGUGAUUGUGAAAGAAUUUAUCAACAAUAACCCAAAGAUUAAACCUAAACUGAAAAUGCCUGUACCUGUGGAUCUUAUUGUUGUUGUUCUUGGAACUGUAAUAUCCUAUUUUGUCAGAUUAGAAGAGGAGUAUAAAGUUAGGAUUGUGGGUCAGAUUCCUGUUGGGAUUCCAUCUCCCAACCUGGCAGCAUUUGCAUGUCUGUCAGAAGUUGUUACUGAUGCUAUUGCUAUUGCCAUUGUUGCAUUUGCCAUUUCUGUGUCAAUGGCCAAAAUAUUUGCCAGAAAACAUGACUACGAAGUGGAUGCAAAUCAGGAGUUGCUGGCAUUUGGCAUUUGCAACAUUGCUUCAUCAUUUUUUUCAUCCUUUGUAUCGGCUGUUUCUCUGUCCAGAAGUUUAGUGCAAGAAAAUGUGGGAGGUAAAACUCAGGUGACAGGGCUGGUGUCAAGUUCAGUGCUUAUAGUGGUUUUGCUUGUCAUUGGUCCAUAUUUUAAAACUCUACCAAAUUGUGUGUUGGCCAGCAUUAUCCUUGUGGCACUCAAGGGUAUGUUCAUGCAGUUUUCAGACCUCAGGGCUUUAUGGAGCAUUUCAUUUAUUGACUUUGCUGUUUGGUUAGUGUCGUUUACUGCAACUUGUUUGUUGGAUGUUGACUUAGGCUUGCUGAUUGGUGUUGGAUUUGCAUUGUUGACAGUCAUCAUGCGAUCUCAGAGACCCUACUCAUGUUUGCUUGGUCAAGUCCCAGGAACUGACAUCUAUAAAGAUAUGAAUGUUUAUAAAACUGCUGAAGAAAUACCUAAUAUCAAGAUUUUCAGAUUCGAUUCUGCACUUUUCUUUGCAAAUGCUGAGUUUUUUAGAAGCUCUUUGUACAAAAUGACAGUUGACCCAAAGGAAUUAAAAAAGAAGCAAAGAAAACUGGACAGAAAGAAAAAGAAGGAUGAGAAAGAGUUAGUGAAUAUAACAGUG